CGGAACAGGUUGGUCCAAAUAAUUUCGAAAGUAGGCACUUCCGUUACCUCAAUUUUUACGGAAAUUUCCGGUUCUGUUGUCCUUAGUGCACUUGUACUUUCUGUUUACUCUGACCGACACAAUAAGAUCUUUAUCUAGCCCUGAGGUUCAUUCUCCGACGUGAAUAUUUCCCCCUAACUUCAAUCAAACCAAACUAUGGCAGCUGCAGGGAUGUUAGCAGGGCGCUUGGCUCUUGUCACUGGAGGUGGCAGUGGCAUUGGACGAGCAGUGUGUUCAGUGCUGGCCAGAGAGGGGGCAUUGCUGGCUGUAUCGGACAUCAACAAAGAAAAUGCGGAGGAAACCGUCUCUCUGCUUCCCAAGUACAAUGCUUCUACAGAUGCUCUCUCAGGAUGUGCACAUGCUGCUUUUGGUACCAAUGUGACGUCAUCAUCGGAGGUGACAGACUUGAUCAAUAAUGUACAAAAAACAUUCAAAGCUGUCCCAUCAGUGGCAGUUCACUCUGCAGGAAUUGCAAAGGAUCAGUUCUUGCUCAAGCUGGAUGAGGAAAUGUUUGAUGAAGUCAUUGCGGUCAACCUGAAGGGUACAUUCCUGGUGAACCAAACGUUAGGGAAGGCCAUGUGUGCAGCCAAAGUGGAGGAGGGAUCCAUUGUCAACAUCGCCAGCAUCAUAGGCAAGGUGGGUAACAAGGGUCAGGCUGCAUAUGCAGCGUCCAAAUCUGGUGUGAUUGGCUUCACCAAAACUGCAGCUCAGGAACUAGCUCGCAACAACAUCCGAGUGAACUCUAUCCUGCCAGGCUUCAUCACGACCCCAAUGACCUCACAAGUGCCGGAAAAAGUGGUACAGAUGGUCACCUUCAUGAUCCCCCUCGCGAGGAUGGGAGGACCCGAGGAGGUCGCUGAGGUCUGUGCCUUUCUGGCCUCUAGCAGAAGUAGCUACGUCACCGGCGCUGCCAUCGAAGUCACGGGAGGUCUCUUUAUGUGAGAGUGCAUCAAGCGUAGGAGGGGACACAUUCAGAGGACAUCGGCUUUGAGUAUACUUGCGUACUGAGUGAAAACUGCUCCAAGAGAGAUUGUGAACGGUCGUGACACACUGCACAGACUAUCAAAUAUUGACAGAAUAUCCUUCCUCUGUCAGGCUUCUGGAUAGGUGGAAAGAUUAAUGGAGAGGGAACUGUAUCUGAUCUAAGAGUCUAUAUGACUUUCUACUCUACUGGUAUUAAAAGGAUUUAAAACUUGUCAAAAGAAUAAACUGGUAGAAGUUUA